AUGGACGACGGUCCCGCGCCCAAGCUGUCGGAGCUGCUGCGGCACCCGGACGACCUCGACAAGAUACCCGCCCUCAAGCUCGAGUUCUCACGCAAAAAGGGCGCCGUCGACGGCCAACUGCGCCGCGGCCUGCGCGAUCAGCUCGAGACGACCCAGGCCGGCAUGACGGGCCUCGGUGACGGCCAAAAGACGGUCCAGGCUAUUAAAGACGAGAUGAUCAACAUCGACCGCCUCUGCUCAGAGUCCCAGACCAUGAUCCACGAUUUUGCCAGCAUAAACCUCGUCUCCCAAGCCCACCGCAACUUUGGCGCCGUCGAGACCAUGCGUCGCAACCUCGAGGCUUUUAACCAGCGCCUCUCCCACGUCGACGACAUGCUGCGCCAGGACGACGACGACAAGGAAAACAUGCCCAAUCUGCUGCCCUGCCACUACGAGCUCACCCAGCUGCGCAACAUCCGUGACGACGCCAUGGAGCAGAUACACCGCGCCGAAGACCCGGGCCUCGAGUCCACCCUCGAGGACUACUUUGCCCGCCUCGACGAUACCAUCGACUGGUUCGACGAGCACGUCGGCAUCCUCGCCAUGAACCUAAUCAGCCUCGUUGUAAACGACAACAACGGCCUCGUCGUCCGCUUUGCCGUCGUCAUGGAGGCAGAGGAGCGCAGCGACGCCCGCGUCCUCGCACUGCAGGAGGCUCUCAAGGACCACGAGGAAAUGGCCGCCCGCUUCCAGGGCAUCACCGACGGCGCCAAAAAGGUGCGCGGCUACAAGGACAAGUUCCUCCAGGCCAUUCGCAUCAGCGCCGAGCAGCAGUUCGAGCAGGCCCGCGAGGACUUUCUCGACGACGCCUCGCGCCUCGACAAGAUCAUGAAGUGGUACUUCAACGACCUCAACGCCGUCAAGAUGGGCAUGACGCCUCUCAUGCCGCGCCGCUGGACCAUCGCCAAGACGUACGCCGACAUCUACCACGGCCUCAUGCACGACUUCCUCGUCGCCAUGGUGGCCGACCCGGAGGGCAGCUCGGCCCACACGCUCGAGAUUGCCGGCUUCCCCGAUAAGUACUACAAGAAAAUGGCCAAGAUGGGCUUCCGCGAGCAAGACCUCGCUCCCCACGUCAUCGACAACCGCGAGGCCGAGCUGGUCCGCGACUUCCGCCAGCUCAUCAUCAAGUUCCUCGACGAGUGGAUCGACCGCAUCUUUGAGCAGGAGAAGCGCGACUUUGCCGAGCGUAACGUCGAGGGCUCCAACCUCGACCAGGACGAGUACGGCUACUUCCGCACUCGCAACCUUGUUGCUCUGUGGCGCAUGCUGCGCGAGCAGGUUGACGCCGGCGCCAACUCGAAGCGCGCCGACGUGGUCGAGGGCGUCGUCGACGCCAUGUUCCUGCGCCUGCGCGGCCGCCAGCAGGCCUGGCAGCGCAUGCUCGAGGACGAGGCCCUGGCCUGCGAGUCGGCCGGCGCCGAGCUCGACGGCUUCCAGGCCCUGCAGGACUGGCUCGUGGCCACGGCAAACGACCAGAUUGCCUGCAUCGACGACAACGAGGACGAGGGCCGCCUCGGCUACCUGUCGAGCUUCCGGCAAAAGUUUGAGCCGCUCGUCACGGCGCCCUACCUCGAGGGCGCCGAUGAGGAGCUGGCGGCGCUGCGCGACGGCUACGUCGACUUUAGCACCUGGUGCAUCACAAAGUUUGCCCACCUCAUCUUCGUCGUCGACUUUGGCGCCGUCAUGCCCGACUUCUUCACGCCCCGCUGGUACGCCAACACGGCUAUGAAGCAGAUGGUGGUGACGUUUGACGAAUACGUCGGCGACUACCGCCAGGUGCUGCACCACUCGCUCGUCGACAUCUUCAUCGAGAUCUUCGCCGACGAGCUGCUCGUGCGCUACCUCGGCUCCGUCCGCAAUAAGGGCGCGCGCUUCCGCCGCGCUGACCCCUUCCGCGACAAGCUCUUCGACGACGUCUCGACGGCCUUUGACUUUUUCGGCGGCCUGCCCACCCAGGAUGUGGCUCAGGCCAUCAAGCAGACGUGGCGCGUCACCGAACCCUUCCUCAACCUCGUCUCGGCGGACCGCGACGCCAUCCCCGACGCAUUUGCCGCCUUCAAGGCCGCCUACUGGGACCUCUCCAUCGGCUGGGUCGAGGCUGUGCUGCGCGCCCGCGACGAUUUUGACCGCAGCAUGCUCAACGCCGUCAAAGCCAGGGCUGCAACCAUGGACGUUGUCCGCGGGCCCGAGACCAUCAUGGGCAAGGUCAAGUGA